CCGACAUAAAUACACAGACUAUACCUGACUUUAUCCAGUCAUGUUUGGUUUCCUUGCAAUCAACUGUUUGUUUGUAACACAACCGUUUGGUUCGUAUGAUGGGUCAUUUCGCGGGACGUAUUGACCCAAAACAAACGACUGGAAGACAACAAGUGACGAGCUCAUUGUGCACCAAUUAUAUGACCACUGUCUCGUUGAUUGACUGUAUUUUAACCCAAUGGCCACUGAUCGUCUUAAAAUCUAGCUGGGUAGAUAGCCAAUGAGCAGAGGUAAACGGCAAUAUCCAAUGGUUCUUUGUUGUUCGACCAACCCAUAUAGUGAACGCUGGCGUAACGAAGGUUUCGCCGUUGCAAAUUGUACUGGAAGGAGCGCAGCUUAUUACGCACACCAGUAUUUCGGUAACUUGCAUCUUCAGCUGUUUAUUUAUCCAACAUCAUGGCGAAUAAGUCAGGGAAAGCUAAAUUUAAGACUAGAUAUACGAAUGUAGAAACAAUUUUAGAGGAAAUUGAUCAUGAAAGUGAGACAGAUCUGCUUUUUGAAGAGGACUCCAUUAGCGCCCAUAGCUACGAUUCUGAAACUGAGGCAUAUUUUUUGAAUGGAGAGGACAUUGUUUUGGACUGUGGCACUGACUCCGACUGGGAGCCCCCAUUGCCAACUUGUCCAUCCCCCUCUGACGCUGGUUCAUCCAGCUGUACCCCUGCUGUCUCUGGCUCCACACCUCCCGGGCCAUCUAGAGGUGUGAAGGCACUGACAAAGAAGAGGAAGAGGGGAAAUGUGCCACCCGCUAACAGAGGGACAGAAGGGUGUUGGCACACUGUCCUAGAAGAUGAUGUGGAGCCCCCCCCCAACCAACUUUUAGGCUGAAAAGGAAGCCAGGACCUCAGGUGAACUCGACCGCAACUUACAGCCCCCUUCAGCUUUUUCAGCUGUUCUUCACACAAUCUGUUGUAGAUUCGCUCGUGUCUAACACAAAUAAGUAUGGGGAGAAGAAGCAAGAAGGGAAAAAGGUAGCAUGGAAGCCCAUAACCAUCUCAGACUUUUUCUGCUACCUUUCACUGGUCAUCUACAUGGGGCUGGUGAAGUUGAAAAGCCUGAAGGACUACUGGAAAACGUAAUCUCUCUACCAACUGCCUUUCCCCAUGACUGUUAUGUCCUGCAAAAGGUUUCUGGUUCUCUCACAGGCGCUUCAUAUCAGUGACCCAAAGGCUGAUGAAGAGAAUGAGAAGAAGAGGCACAGCAACGGUUGAUAGACUGUGCAAAAUCAAACCUCUCUACCACAGCAUUGUUGAGGCCUGCAAGACGUACUUUCAGCCAGCCCAGAACGUGUCAAUCGAUGAGAGGAUGGUAGCCUCAAAGGCCAGAAUUGGCCUCAAACAAUACAUGAGAAACAAACCAACCAAGUGGGGUUACAAGCGGUUUGUGUUGGCUGAUUCUGUGUGUGCCUACACAUGCAAUUUUUUUGUCUAUGAGGGGAAGAACAGUUUAAGGGACUUAGCUAUGACUCUGUAAUGGAGUUAUUGGAUUUUCAACUGCUAGGGAAGGGCUACAAACUGUUUGUGGAUAACUUCUACACAAGCCCUACCCUGUUUGCAGACCUUAGGAAGCGGGAAGCGUGGGCUUGUGGCACCAUUCGUACCAACAGCGUGGGCUUUCUGAAGAUGAAGGUGAACGACAUGCCUAAGCGGGCUGAGCGGGGGACCAUGCGAUGGAUCCAUGAAGAUGGCCUGCUUUUUGUAAAGUGGAUAGAUACCAGAGAGGUGGUGAUGUGCACAACAAUCUACAAGUACUUCAAUGUGGAUCAUGUUGUCAGACGUGUGAAGGACAGUGCCGGGGCAUGGACCACCAAAAAUGUCCCCAUUCCAACUGGAGUAAAGGACUACAACAAGAGCAUGGGAGGUGUGGACCUAUCAGAUGCGCUGAUAGGCUAUUACAAUGUUCUCCAUAAGACAAUGAAAUGGUACAAGACCUUCUUCUAUCAUUUCAUCGACAUUGCUGUGGUGAAUGCAUUCAUCCUACACAAGGAAAUGGCUAAGAGCUGUGGAAAGCCCUUCCUCUCACAGAAAGCCUUCAGAGAGCAGCUCAUCAAGGAGCUUGCUGGCUACAGCACCACUGCACCACGCCCUGUGCCUUCUGCUCCUGCCACAAGUGUUCAUCUGCCCAAAUAUAUUUGUGCAGGCAAGGAUGUGCCUAAGGGCCAAAAGGGCACAGCAUGGAGGCGUUGCUGUGUUGUUUGCAAGAUGAAGUCCCCCAUCACAUGCACCACAUGCUCGGUGACCCUCUGCUUUACAUCAGAAAGAGACUGCUAUGGCAUCUGGCAUCAGCAGCAGAAUAUUGUGUAGAGCAUUGGAAAAGUGGGUGGGGUUAUAUCCUUCCUGUUUGGCCCUGUCCGGGGGUCUCAUCGGAUGGGGCCACAGUGUCUCCUGACCCCUCCUGUCUCUGCCUCCAGUAUUUAUGCUGCAGUAGUUUGUGUCGGGGGGCUAGGGUCAGUAUGUUAUAUCUGGAGUACUUUUCCUGUCUUAUCCGGUGUCUUGUGUGAAUUUAAGUAUGCUCUCUCUUUCUCUCCUUCUUUCUCUCGGAGGACCUGAGCCCUUGGACCAUGCGUCAGGACUACCUGGCAUGAUGACUCCUUGCUGUCCCCAGUCCACCCGGCCUUGCUGCUGUUCCAGUUAACUGUUCUGCCUGCGGCUAUGGAACCCUAAACUGUUCAUUUUUACUCUUGAGGUGCUGUCCUGUUGCACCCUCUACAACCACUGUGAUCUCCACCCGGCACAGCCAGAAGAGGACUGGCCACCCCUCAUAGCCUGGUUCCUCUCUAGGUUUCUUCCUAGGUUCCUGCCUUUCUAGGGAGUUUUUCCUAGCCGCCAUGCUUCUACACCUGCAUUGCUUGCUGUUUGGGGUUUUAGGCCGGGUUUCUGUACAGCACUUUGAGUUAUUAGCUGAUGUACGAAGGGCUAUAUACAGUGGGGCAAAAAAGUAUUUAGUCAGCCACCAAUUGUGCAAGUUCUCCCACUUAAAAAGAUGAGAGAGGCCUGUAAUUUUCAUCAUAGGUACACUUCAACUAUGACAGACAAAAUUAGGAAAAAAAUCCAGAACAUCACAUUGUUGGAUUUUUAAUGAAUUUAUUUGCAAAUUAUGGUGGAAAAUAAGUAUUUGGUCAAUAACAAAAGUUUCUCAAUACUUUGUUAUAUACCCUUUGUUGGCAAUGACAGAGGUCAAACGUUUUCUGUAAGUCUUCACAAGGUUCUAAGAGGUAUAGUCUACGUUAGUUCAACUGAAAUGACGUAAUAACAACGAUGAUUAAACCAGUGUGUGCCCUGUGGGUGGGCUUACCCUCAUUGUGUCCCAGCAGCUCUCUGAUAAAAGGUCACCAGGAAUAGUGACAUGACAACAUGGUCUUUAAGCGCAAUAAUUCCGAUAAAUGUGGUACUAGGCAUCGACUUUAGCCAAUGUGGAGAUCAUUGACCAUAGUCCAGGGCAGAAAAAUGUAAUGCGAGCUCCAGUCCAGACCCUAAGCACGACUAAAAACGUAAAUUCAUUAAAUCCUUUUUUUUACUGACAAAAUGAUUCGCUUCGUUUUUCUUAUAUCGCUCUCUCUCUCUCUCUGUGCAAAGAAGAAGCCCACCAACGCUCCAGUCAAACCAGACGUCAACUUUUACUGUAGAAGUUCCUCGGUUUCCACUAGUUACUACAGCCACAGAGUCAAUAGGUUAUGGUUAGGCAUAAGGUUAGCAGUGUGGUUACUGUUAGGUUUAAAAUCACAUUUUAAGAAGAUACAUUUUAGAAAUACGCAAGGUUUAUUGCCUUUUGGCUGUGGUAACUAGUGACGACCAAGUUCCUCCGCGUUUAUUACAUGCGGUUCGAUAAAUUACCACUAGGUAGCGUUGUUGGACUAGUUACAACGGCUAUCAUACAGCCCUAACCCUGAUCCAUCACUAGUUUAACAAUUAUAGCCUAAAUAAUUAUAGUAAUAGGGAAACCAUUGUCCAUGUGCCCAAGAACGCCAACGUUACCUGUCUAAAUUAUUAUUGCCCAGUAGCACUCACAUCUGUAGCCAUGAAAUGUUUUGAAAGGCUGGUCAUGGUUCACAUCAACACCAUAAUCCCAGACACUCUGGACCCACCCCAAUUCGCAUACCGCCCCACAGAUUCACAUAUGACGCAAUCUCUAUUGCACUCCACACUGCCCUUUCCUACCUGGACAAAAGUAACACCUACAUGACAAUGCUGUUCAUGGACUACAGCUCUGCGUUCAAGCCAUAGUGCCAUCCAAACUCAUCACUAAACUAAGGAUUGGGACUGAACACCUCCCUCUGCAACUGGAUCCUGGACUGCCUGACGGGCCACCCUCAGAUGCUGAUGCUUACACCUAUCCAUUUAAUUAAUCAGGGAUGAAUCAAUUUAUAGCUAGAUACCUUAAUAUGACAGACAUAACUAAAUGUAUAACUAGCAACAUGUAGAUAUGGUCAACUAGCUAGAUGGAAAAUGGUUGUUGAAAAAUGGUUGUACACAAAUCAACAGCCAACAAUAAAUACAGUAUAGUUAACUUAAA